ACCGGAAGUGAUGAUGUUCUAAUUCCUACUGGUGUUUAGACAAGAUGGCGGCCUUGAGGAAGGUUGUUUCCAGCUCCUGGUGUAGAGUCCGGUUCACCUCCUGCAGGUUCUCCAGACCCUUCAGCUCAGGUGACGGCAGAGACCAGUCCACGGUGGAUAGACCCAGAUCCGGCUUCGCUGCAGCCUUCGACCUGCAGGCGGAGAUCCGGCGGGAGGCGGAGAGCUCCACGGCCGGCGGUAGCGUCUCCUCCUCCGGACACGAGCAGAGCUUCGCCUCGCUGCUGCGGCGGUCCCCGCUGAUCCAGAUGGGACCGGCUAAAGACAAGGUGGUGGUCGGGAGGAUAUUCCACGUGGUUCAGGACGACCUGUACGUGGACUUCGGGGGGAAGUUCCACUGCGUGUGCCAGCGGCCGGCCGACGGAGAGCAGCUGCAGCGGGGCAGCAGGGUCCGUCUGCGGCUGCAGGACCUGGAGCUCACGGCCCGCUUCCUGGGAGCCGAGACCGACACCACGCUGCUGGAGGCUCAGGCCGUCCUGCUUGGCCCGCUGGAGGGGAAGGAGCCCCGGGGGAACCAGUACCAGGACUGAACGGGGCACACUGUCAGACCCUGCUGGUGCUCAGAGACACUACCUCUUUAGUCCACAGGGGGCGCCAGAACACCACUAAAUGAGGUUUUGUGAAGGGGCUCUGGUGCUGCAGCACUUUGACUUUAAAUUUCAAGUUUGGACUCAUGUAAACUAUUAUUAUUAUUAUUAUUAUAAUACUAAAUGUUCUUUAUAUCUACACAUGAAAUGUCUCGUUCUUGUUUAAAUAAACGUUUCAUGUUCUGGCACACUGAG